AUGUCGAACCUCACUAGCGAGCUGACGACGGCGGCGCCGACGGCCGACCCAGGGUUGGCUGCUAUGGUGUCGGACACGCGCUUCGUCAUCCAGCGCGUGCUGACGCCGAUGGUGAUGCUGGUGGGCGUGAUCGGGAACCUGGUGAGCAUCAUUGUGCUGACGCGACGCCGCAUGAGGAGCUCGACCAACAGCUACCUGACGGCGCUGGCCGUCUCCGACACCCUGUACCUGGCCAUUAGCUUCACGCUGUCGCUGAAGCACUCGGUGCCCGGCAUCUCGCACCCGGACUUCCGCAUCUACUGGCACUACUGGCCGUUCGGACUCUGGCUCAUCGACGCCGCAAGCAACACGUCCACGUGGCUGACAGUGACGUUCACCGUGGAGCGGUACGUGGCGGUGUGCCAUCCGAUCCGGGGCCAGGUCUACUGCACGGAGUCACGGGCGCGCAAGAUGAUCUGCAUCGUCUACCUCUUCUGCUUCCUCGUCACCCUGUCGACGCCGUUCGAGUGGGAGAUCGCAGAGCGGCUCAAUCACAAGACUAAUAGCACCGAGAUGACGGCCGAGUUCAGUGAGCUGGGCAUGCUGGACGAGUACCGUCACGCCUUCUACGUGUUCACGGCCACCAUGUUUAUCUUCCUGCCGCUGGUACUGCUGGCUAUCUUCAACUCGUUUCUCAUCCUGGCGGUGAAGGAGUCGCGGAAGCAGCGGGCCGUGCUGUGCUCGGGCGAGAGCCAGUCGCAGCGCCAGGAGAACAAGAUCACUAUCAUGCUGAUAUCCGUGGUGAUAAUCUACAUGCUGUGCCAGCUGCCGCACGCGUGCAUGCUCGUCUAUCUGGCCGUGACCGGUGAGGUCGACAGCUGGACCGACGAGUUCCAGGUGCGCCGCAUCCUCGGCAACAUUUUCAACUUCCUCAUGGCCAUCAAUGCCGCCUGCAACUUCGUGCUGUACUGCGCGCUCAGUGACAAGUACCGCAAAACAUUUCUUGUCACGUUUUGCCGCUGCUGGUACCAACCACCGGCAGGACUACCGUCUGGUAUCCCUACAGCGUACAGCAACGUCUCUGACUUCUCGCGCACCGGCUCACCGCGAUCGAGCUGCUCCAAGCGCAGCUCAGUCCGCUCCCAGCGCUCCUUGAACGGCGCGCGCGGCGCGUCAGUGCGCGGCCGCACAGGCAGCCCGCCAGACCACUACCUGGGCGUGCCCGGCUCACGCGGCGGGGACAGCCAGGGCCUGCUGGAGGCGAGCGGCGGCCCGGCGCCGGCCGGGGGGCGCGGAGGACCGCGGCGCGCGCGUCCGCCGCGCCUGCCACCGCUGCCCGCCUGGCUUCGAUUCGGCCGCGACGGCAAGGCUCGGCGGCACAAUAUCGUCAUCACCACGCCCGACGGCAGCCAGGAGGAGGGCGUGACGGCCGUGUAGCCGGGC